CGCAACGGCAGGGAUUAUCCUGAUGAUUUUCUCCAGAUGUAUUUAAAAGGCGUUGAUUCCGGCUAUUUAAUCUAUCGUUUGCUCGGUAUCCUCCAGUCAUCUUACUUUGUGCUACGGUCUUGUUUGAUCCAAGCCUUGUCAGAUCUCUUAACAUGGGCCGACGACUUGGCCUCGUGCGGGCCGUCUACCUGGUCUCUGCCAGUUGCAUGGGCUCUUUUGCCUUUGCUUUUGAUACUGGUGUUAUUAGUGGUGUUCUCACGCUGGCAUCUUUCCGAAAUGAUUUUCGAUACACCAAAGCGCAACAGACAAACAUCAACUCUAAUGCUGUUUCGAUCCUACAGGCCGGUGCUUUCUUCGGUUGCUUCUUCACCAUGCCCAUCGCUGCGCGACUCGGUCGACGAUUAGGUCUCAUCCUUAGCUCUAUUGUGUUCUCAAUCGGUACUAUCCUGCAAGUCAUAAAUUCACACACCAUCGGGACUUUCUAUGCGGGUCGGGUUGUCGCAGGUCUUGGGAUCGGUGCGGCAACGGUCAUUAUUCCCAUGUAUGCGGCUGAGAUGUCUCCCAAGGAGUUUCGUGGUCGACUCGGUGCUUGUUUCCAGCUGUUUUUCGCGCUGGGAGUUAUGGUCGCAUACUGGGUGACAUAUGCAGUUUCCAAGGAUCAACCGGAAGCUACAAAGCAGUGGCAGAUCGCACUGGGUUUGCAAUUACUCCCAUCGACAUUGCUCCUGAUUGGAAUGUGCACCGUCAAGGAGAGCGCGCGUUGGCUGGCGUCCAAGGGUAAAAUGGACAAGGCAUGGGAAUCCCUGAAAUGGGUCCGCGGAGGCGACGAGACCGAGGAGGUGCGCAAGGAAUUUGAUGAGAUUAUCGCUGGUAUUGAAGAGGAAGCCCGGGUCCGGGAUAGCUUUACAGUCAAGGAGCUUUUGCUACCAGCCAAUCGGUACCGAAUCUUCAUCGCCAUCUCGAUCCAGCUGUGUGCGCAGUUGACGGGUAAUACGUCGCUGGCGUACUAUGCCACACAGAUCUUCAGCGCAGUCGGAGCGGGUGGCUCGGCCAAGUUGGUAACUGGGUUCUUCGGGUUGGUCAAGGUUGUUGGUGUUUGCAUAUUCCAGCUCUUCGUGUUGGACCGGAUUGGCCGCCGAGUGCCCUUCAUGGUAGGAGCUGGAGCGAUGGGCUCAUUCAUGCUCAUCAUCGCAUGUGUGCUGGCCACACAUCCGACCAAGUCGAGCGAUUCGGGAAGUACGGGACCGACUAGCGCUGGAAUCGCGAUGAUCAUCAUGACCUACGCUGAAGCAUUUUCCUUCAACAUGUCCUGGGGACCGCUCCCAUGGCUUUAUGUUGGAGAGAUGUUCUCGAGCCGGACUCGAACUAUCGGAGUGGCAGUUGGUGCAGCAUCGCAAUGGCUAUUCAACUUCAUGAUGUCGCAAGUGACGCCGCAUGCCAUCAAUAACAUCGGAUGGAGAAUGUUCCUGAUGUUUGCGAUCUUCAACUAUGCGAUUAUCGGGUAUUCGUGGUUGUUCCUGAAGGAGGUGAGUAUAUAUCUCGUGCUGACUCAGAGUCAAUUGGCUAACGAUAAUAGACCUCGAACCACUCAUUGGAAGAGAUGCAACAUGUAUUCGGUGGUGAUGAAAGGACAGUCGAAGAGGAAAAGGGAGUCGAACCGGUAGAGAAGGUGGAUAGUCAACAGGGCAAAGAAGUGAAGUGAUUGACUACAUAAUGCUAAUUAUAUGAUAUGAAAUUGGACAUGCAGAUUCAGUCGAAAUACAAAUUUGACAUGGACCAUUCCGAAUAUACAACCCUGUCCCAUAGUAAGAUCUAAAGGUAUUCACAUGAUGAUAUAAUUUCAAUUUAUUCACCUCGACACUACAAGUUGUGACAAUGAAUGCUGACUAUAUUACUUCUCAUUCACAUCUCACCCUUUUCUAUAAAACCCCAGAAGGAAGAAUAAUCCUUUCUUUCCUCUUCUCUUCUCCCAUCACCCUUUC